AUGGAUCCGUCACAGGUCAACGUCCCUCCGCUCAAGGACCUGACUAUCGACAACAUAACCGAGAAUGUACACAUGAUCAACUCACAAUGCGACGACCCACGCAUGAAGUAUCUACUCGAACGACUUGUCACUCACGUUCACGACUUUGCUCGCGAGACACGACUCAGCACAAACGAGUGGAUGACGGCCAUUCAGUUCUUGACCAAGGUCGGCCAGAUCAGCAGCGACGUGAGGCAAGAGUUCAUCUUGCUUUCCGAUGUCAUUGGCCUUUCCCUACUGGUCGACAGCAUUGAUCACCCUAAACCCGCUGCCAGCACAGAAGGCACCGUUCUAGGCCCCUUUCACACUCACGAGGCCCAACUCGAAGGAAAUGGCGGUAGCAUCUCUCACGACCCCGACGGCGAACCAUGUUUGGUCUUGUGCACAGUCAAGGACACCACAGGCAAGCCGAUUGACGACGUCAAGAUCGAUAUCUGGGAGACGGACAGCAAGGGCUUUUAUGAUGUCCAGUACGCAGAAAGAGACGGUCCCGAUGGACGAGCGGUCAUGAAGAGUGACAACGAGGGUAUCUUUUGGUUCAAGGCCAUUGUGCCAGUCCCAUAUCCGAUUCCUCACGAUGGGCCUGUCGGACAACUUCUGAAGAAGCUCAAACGUCAUCCUUACCGCCCUAGCCACAUGCAUUUCAUGUUCGAAAAGGCCGGUUACGACAACCUGAUCACCGCUCUCUAUCUGCGUGGGGAUCCAUACGAGACGUCGGACGCAGUCUUUGGAGUAAAAGAGUCUCUUCUAAUUGACCUGGGUACCGUAUCUGCCGAACAGGCGAAAGAAUACGGCGUCAAGGAAGGCGACAAACUAAUCACAUACGACUUUGUGCUCGUCACUGAUGAAGAGUCACGCAAGUUGAGAGAAGAAAAGGCUAUGGAAGCCAUGGAAAAGCUUGGUAGAAGAAUGAAGCUAUAUCAGGGCCUGCCCGUGCCUGAUGUAGAUUAG